GAGGCUUUAAAGGGAGCAGCAGCAAGAGGAGACGCACACAUCUCACACCAUGACGCUGGUCAUCUUCUCACUCCUCACGCUGCUGGUGGCCUCACAAGGCGGCUGGGCCGCGCAGGAGGAUCUGUCCGUGUCUGAGCUUCUGUGGCGGGCCAACAAAGAUGUUGUUCACACGGAGGACGAGCCUCUCGUGAUGGACGACAUCGCUUAUGACAAAGACAACGAGAAGAACGCUGACCAGUGCACUUCCAGAGGAUGCAUGUGGCCCAAAUCCAGCGACGGGAAAGUGUACGUGCCUUACGUCAUUGCCAGACAUUACUCAUCUCGUGAGCGUUCCAUCAUCGAGCGCGGCCUGACGUCCUUCCAUUCCGUCUCCUGCAUCCGCUUUGUCUCACGCUCCAACCAGAGAGACUACUUAAGCAUCCAGUCCAACAACGGCUGUUACUCGUAUGUGGGUCGCCGUGGCAACGGCCAGACCUUGUCUCUGGACCGUCAGGGCUGCAUGUACCACAGCACAGUCCAGCAUGAGCUCCUUCACGCUCUAGGCUUCAACCAUGAGCAGUGUCGGUCCGACAGGGACAACCACAUCAAAAUCCUGUGGGGGAACAUCCAGUCUGGUUGGGAGUACGCCUUUGACAAGAUGAACACACUCAACAUGAACACACCAUACGACUACAACUCUGUCAUGCAGUACCAUAGGUACGCCUUCUCUGGCAACAACAAGCCCACCAUGCAGCCCAUCCCCAACCCUAACGUCAGCUUUGGCAACGCUAGCCAGAUGAGCAAGAACGACAUUGCCAGACUGAACACCUUGUACAAGUGUUAAGCGCAGGCAGCGACAUCAAUUCUCAUUCAUAUGCAACUGUAGAACAUUAAAGGGCCCAUGUGCAUAAUCA